AUGGGUAACUGCCAGCUACAUCGACCAGAACCCAAGGCUGAUCUGAUGUCUGUGGAUUCUGUUCAGAAGCAGAAUGUAAGUUAAUAUAAGAUGUGUCAGGUAAAAUAUCUUAUUGACUUUAUCAGGGAGAUUAUCGAUUACAUUAUAAUAUUUCUUGACUAAUGUAAGAUAAAAAAUGUUAAAGUAGAUAGGCCACAGAGUAGUAAAAUAAAUGGGCAUACUAUAUGUAACAAUUACAUAUAACAAUGUCACUAUCUAGCACAAUAUAGUUUUUGUUAUCUAAAUGUGUUGAGAAAUGUCAUUUCUAGUUACAGUGUAAAGUCGUACGUUGAAUACGAAAAUUGUAAUAUAUGCAGUCAGUUGUACACAAGGUUACAGUUCUUGUUACUUUUUGUUAGAGGGAGAUAAGUGUAAUAUCAAGUUGUUUUUGUAGUUCUGAAGGCCCGUUUCUAUUUUAAUUUGGUUCGGAAUAACGGUAACUAGCUACUACAAGAUCCUCACUCGAUUUUAUAACUGAUAAGGGAAUGUUACAAACUGUCCAUUCGCUUAUUAAAAAUGAAUGGUACCAUGUGAAAGAGCGUAAAAAGUUGACUAAAAAUCUAUUUUCACAAACUGCCAAUUUCGCCUUACAAGCCCGCUAGCGAGCUUUAAAAAUCAUUAUUAUAAGGGCCUUUUAUGUUCAUAUGCUUUAUUUUCAAUUUUUGUAUGUUCAAAAAAAUUUUUUUUUAAUUGUUUUAUGUUUUAAUAAAUAUAAGAAACAAUUAUCAACAAAAAAAUUUUAGUUCUGUUAAUGAAAAUUAAUUUAAAUUUAAAAAAAAUAAACUUUACUACCCCAAAAGAGAAUCGAACCGGACCCGCAUGAUUGCGCAAUCACGGCGCCUUUAACCACUUGGCCAAUCGAGCACACUUGGUUCCUCUCUUCGAAAGAAUUCAAAAGAAAGCGGACGUAGAAAAACCAUUUAAAUAAGGAAAAUUUUAAAAGCUCACUAGCGGGCUUGUAAGGCGAAGUUGGCAGUUUUUGAAAAUAGAUUUUUAGUCAACUUUUUACGCUCUUUCACAUGGUACCAUUUAUUUUUAAAAAGCGAAUGGACAGUUUGUAACAUUCCCUUGUGAGGAUAAGGUUGAAAUUCAACUUUUUUGGUCAAAAAGUAGUGCCUUUCCACCAAAAUGAUAUGGUUAGCUUGUUUCGAACAAUAUAUAUAACUGUAAGCAGGGGUAUCACCAAUAAAAUGAGUAAUAUUUUACCAUUUUUCUGGGAGUCUUAUUAAAACACUCUCUCUAUGCCAAAGACGUAGCAAGGAACUAAACCAAUGUUCUGCAAACUUUUUGACCAACCAUCACCUUCUAACAAGAUAAGUAUUGUCAGUUGAAAGCUGUUAAACUAAUGUUAACUUUAUUUUUAAAACUUUUUAAAAUUUUAUUACUGACAGCCGGCUGCACCUAAGCGUUCAAAUCUGCCACAGUGUAAAUGCGUUUUCGGCCGUUAUGUCAUUGAGCAGUAUACUAUAGUAAUCUGUUUAUUUUACAUUUUAUAAUAACAUAUUUCUUUCAAUAUUACAUAUUAUAUCAUAGUGACAUAUUUUUUAUGUUAACAAUUUUUAAAAUUUAGAAAUUUUGAGAACAACAUUUUCUUUUAUCCACAGAAAUCGGCUUUAAAUUUUGGCAGUUAGACGAGGAAAAUGACGCAAAUUGGGCCUAAAUUAACUUUGUUUGGAGACUUUUGAAUAAAUAUUGUUACUCCUUCUUCUGGCUCGCUAGACGCUUGUUAGGGCAAAGGCUAGACACGUAGGACAAUCUGUCCUUGUUUUGGCUAAGAAAGUGCUGUUCUGGAUAUAAAGUUAGUACUAUCUAGACUUGAUCUUGGCUAAACCCUAGAAAAAUGUCAUUCCGAACCAUGUGGAAGUCCAAGAAGAAAAAUGUAGGUUUAGAGGUCUCGUUCGAUAUUGUUUUCAAUCAAAAUUGUUUUAGGUACGAGUGUGAUUUUAAAGUUUUUUUUAUGACAAAGGAAUAGGUUUUGCUUCAUAUAAAUUUUUAACUUCAGCUUCGCUCAGCAGUCGCCCGUAGCGCGUCGAUAGCUCAAGCCGUAACCCCAAUGUCGACGAUGAACGGAGAAGAAGCCGCUCCCUACAUUGAUGCCAAAUCAGAAGCCGCCGUGCCUAAAACGAAAGCAGUCGAGAUCAGUAAGAAGAUCGACGACCAGCUGAUGAAGGACUACGUUGCCAUGGAGAAGGUGAUCAAGCUGCUCCUACUAGGACCUUCUGAAUCAGGGAAGAGCACGAUCCUCAAACAGAUGCGGAUUCUAUAUUGUCACGGCUUCUCGACUGACGAGCUAUGGGCACGACGACCGCUGAUCUUCUACAAUGUGCUACAGUCAAUGGCACAGCUGAUUCACGGUGUGGAACGGUUAGGGAUGCUACUGUCGAAAGAGCUACAAAGAGAUGCCGAUCUGAUAUUGAACACGUUGACAGAUGAGAAGCACGUUGAGAAUCAGAUCCCCAAGAAUGUCUACUACGCUAUAAAGAGGCUGUGGACAGAUGCUACCGUGCAAGAAGCCUACAAUCGGAGGAGCGAGUACCAUGUGAUAGACUGUGCUAAAUAGUACGUUACUUUUAUAUUCUUAAAUAGGAUUUUAUUUUUUUAAUUAAUUUUUUUUAAGAUUUUGGUUUAAAUUUAUUAAAAUUUUAGUUUUCUGGACGACAUUGACCGCCUUCAAAGCAAUACCUACAUCCCCACAGUAAACGAUGUUCUCCACGCGCGACAAGAGACCAUUGGAGUGACAGAGAUUGGCUAUGCCUAUAAGGAAAUGGAGUUCAGGUAGGUGAACUAUAAUACAAUUAAGAGCAUUUCCUUGUAAACUUGUUGUAGUUCUGAGGUAAAAGAUUAUUAUAUUAUUCUGCUAUUGUAACAUAAAUAUCAGUGAGGUCAUUACUGAAAUAUAGAUAUCAAUGAUAUUACUACAACAAUAUAGAUGCUAUUUUGUUGUAGGAUAUUUGACGUAGGAGGACAGAAAACAGAGCGUCGGAAGUGGAUCCACUUGUUUGACAAUGUUAAUGCCAUCUUCUUCUUGGCCGCCAUCUCGGAAUACGAUCAGAAGAUGCGAGAGAGCGCGGACACGGUAAUAAUUGUCAUCGUUUUACAAUAUUAACGUCUUAUGAAUUAAAUGUAUAAAAUUUCAAAAAAAAUUGAAAAACCUUUUUUAAAAACGUUACGGUUUACAGAAUCGGUUACAAGACGCGAUAGAACUGUUCAAAUGGAUCGCCAACAACCGAGCCUUCACUCGAGUACAACUGAUAUUGUUCUUGAACAAAAAGGACCUUUUCGAGGACAAAAUCAACAAAGUACCUUUAGAUGACUUCUUCCCGUCAUUUAAUGGUAAGCUAUGUUAAAGUACUUAUGAAUAGGAGAUGUAAUUUUAAAUUUAGAACCUUAAAUCAUACAUUUUUAGCGUACCGAUUAAAAUACAAAGCCAGGCAUCCUUUACAUGGUAAGUGACUUAUUUUCAAAAUUUUAAAAAAUUUCAAACGCAGAGAAUAAUAUUAAAAUCCUAUGGCGAUUUGUUACACAUGACUUCUACUGUAAUACUGUUGGUGACCGACUAGUACCUCUCACUUUUUAAUAAUACCUUCCUUACAGAAGAACUAGACGUUGCCUACAAUUACAUUGGAAGUAAAUUCAAGAAAACCCUGGAGGACAAGACCAAAACCGUCUACACUCAUCUGACAUGUGCUACUGACACUACGCAUCUGACAUUCUUGAUGAACAGUCUCAUCGACUACAUAAUCUCGGAAAACUUUAAACAAACUGGAGUGUUAUAA